AUGCCCGUCGUCAUUGCAUUGAAUGAUUUCUUCAAAGGACAAUUCGUUUCGGUGAAUACAAUAGCGUCAUACGGCUUCAUCGCCGGGUCCAUGGUACUCCCUGUUAUCAUGGAAAGGUCAUUCGAAGCGUAUGGCUAUGCAGGGGCGUUUGUUAUCCUUGGAGGUAUCGCUCUUAACCUUGUCGUGUGCGGUGCAACGAUACGAAACGCACCAUCCAACGCCGCUACCAAUGAAGGUGAAAGUCACGAUAAAGUGAAUCAAGAAUCAUCAGAGCAAAUAGAAGGCAUCCACUAUGAAGAUGAGGAUAAUAAAGAGGAAGAAGAGGAGGAACAUAAUGCGAAGAAAGAGAACGAGGAGAAGGAGGAAAUGCCCCAUGCUGAACACUUGAACAUUCCUCCUUCCAAAGCAAUCUUCCUCUCCACAAUCGGCGGCAUAGGUGGCAUCAUCGGACAGACCAUCUUCAUUAUCCUCGUCAGCAAAGGCAUCAAUGCAUUUGUCUUGUACAUCGCUUUAGGUGUGAUCUGCACGGGAUCAUUUCUGUUAGACUCCAUCAGUUCUGCUUAUGUGGUGCGUGCUACCUUCGCUUUUGUCCAAGGGUUCUCCUUCUUCGUCGAUGAUGCUAUCAUGUCCAGUCUGUGCAAGGAUGCAGUCUUUGACGAAAGGAAUUUUAAUAUGGCCCAGGCUCUCUGUAAUUUCAUGGGAGGAUUAGGGGUGACAUCUGCAGGAACGUUCACAGGUUAUGUGUUUGAUGUCAUCCAUUCGUUCACGAAGGUGUUUAUCAUCAUCGGCUUCAUCCACGCCGCCAUGGUCGUUCAUAUCUUCAUCGUAGCGGUCCUCAUCAAGAGACGACGAUGA